AUGUCGGCUGGUAGUUGGGCUAGGCUUCUGCUCCUACCAGCAGCCGCCAUUGCAAUGCGUUAUUCGGUGGACAAUUUCAAGCUCUGUCCGGACGGGGGCAUGAGGUACAUCAUGGACGUGGACACGGGCGUUGACGAUGCCAUGGCACUGAUGGCGAUGAUGUCUUACAACAAGUGCGUCGAAGCCAUUACUGUCGUCGCUGGUAACACGAAUAUGGAGAAGGCGUAUUACAACACAAUGAGAGUGCUCAAGGAGAUUGGACAGACGCAGAUUCCAGUUUACAAGGGAGCUGACAAACCCAUCCUCGGGCAAUGGGAACCCGAAGAGGUCUACUUUGGCUCCGACAACUUCGGAAAUGUGGCCUCGAGGUAUGCCAUCGGGAAGAACGCGGCUCGAGAUAAUACCUUCGCACCGUUCAAGUUGAUCGAGUUGAUUAAAGAAAGCCCGAACCAAGUAACGCUCAUACUGCUUGCACCCUUGACGAACCUUGCCAUUGCGCUCUUGGUUGAUCCCACCAUAACGAGAAAUGUGAGAGAAAUCUUCAUCUUGGGGGGAAACAUCGAAGGACGCGGCAACAUUAGGCCUGGAUCCGAGUUCAACUUCCUGGUGGAUCCAGAGGCCGCCCAGGUGGUUCUCGAUCGAGCGGAAUGCAGAGUCACCAUCGUGCCCUGGGAGGCAGUUCUCAAGUCCACCCUGCCAUGGGGCGUAUUUAACAGCACAGUGGAAGGACAAGGCAAGAAGGCCAAGCUCGUCAAGGCCCUGACGAAGCACACCAUCAGCUGCUGUCUCGGAAACGGACAAAGCCCUGGUUUCGUCCUCGGAGACUUCCUCGCGGUUCUUGCUGUAGUCGAUCCUGCUUCAGUGCACAAAAGGCUGCGUCACCGCGUGGCUGUGGAGCUGACCGGUUUUCACACUAAAGGGAUGCUUGUGCACGGAUGGACAGCCGACAUGCUCCCCCAUGUGAAUCGAACGGUGGACAUUGUGGACUGGUUCAACGUGAGGAACAUUGAGAAGGCGUUUACAAAGACGUUUGGCUUUGUUCCGCCGGCUAUAGCGAAGAGAAAGCACAUUAAAUAUUAG